GUGCUUUGUUGUCGCUUGCAUGUGCAGUCACGAAGAAAAACUUUAACACGUUUGUAAGAGAAGCAGAAAAGGUAAGUAUUGCUUUUACAACAAGGAAGGAGCAAAAAAAUAACGUUUUGUCGUAAAUAUUCCUUUGAUUUGACUUCUUUUCUUAUCUAAGUUGACCUGCAGAGUCCUGCGCGUAUUUGCUUUGAAGUCAAAUUUGGAUGCACAGGAAGGCUUCAGCUGUCUGUUCUUUCAGCUGCCAUGCAAAUCUGGAAAUUUUGUUUCUUGGUUCUUUUUACCCAAAGUUUGAUACUUGCGGAGGAGGAGGAUGAUGUCACAGUGGCUGAAGAAAUCGGCGAGCAUCAAUUGACACGUCUGGCGGAGCUGCUGAUGCCUUAUGAGUGCAAGGAACUUCUGGAAGCACUUGCUGAAUCAAAGGAAAAAAUCAGUGCACAUAGCAAUAUUGUCAAGAGAGACACCUCUUCAUCUAAAGAGAGUGAGGCUGAAUGUCGGAAGAAGCUGAAAGACAUUCUUCAUAAAAACAAGAUGGAGGCCUACUACGACCGACUCACUUGGGCCUUGCGCCACAUCAAUAGAGUUGACAUCGCACUUGAGCUGAGCAAGAACAUCAACCAGGAUAAAAUUUUAAACCUGAAACGGUAUGCUGAAGGCUAUCAUGACCUUGUCAAGUCCGUACACUUCCAAGAAGCAGAACCGGAAACAGGCCAACCCAAAAGACUGAAAAGAGCGUCCGAUUUGACUCAGCGUGACCUCGAUCUUAUUGUGGAGCGACGCCCAAUGCCUGAGUACUCCAAGGGCCCUUUAGAUGUGGCACUCCCUCUUCUCUAUGGGAUCCUGUUGGGCUUCAUGGGAACCUUUCUGGCCGCCGUCUCCACACUCUACCUUGUCUUGUGUAUUUCACGUCAGAGCCAGAAGAGACGUCCACCCCGCGUUAGCUGCCUCCCUAGUUAUGAGAUAAUGAUUGAGAAUUAGUCAAGGCUAUUAUUGUGACUGGACAUGUAGGCGAUAUGCACUAAAAUACUCUACGUAGCAAAUAAAGCAGCUUCCACAUGAA